GAAAAAAAAUUGAAAAAAAAAAUUACAGAUCAGUUUGAUUUUUGUUUUCUUUGCUAUUUAAAUUCUGAGAUAGAUGUACAUUUAAUUCCUGUUUUAAUUUGAUAGUUAAUAGACCUAAUUUUUUUUUCUCCUGCCCAGAUGAUCAAAGUCACUGAUUCUUCUUAUAGGAAGCUGUUCCCAUGGGGCGCCACUCAUUAAAUCUCAUGAUUUAGUUAAUGAAGGGUUUUCGCGAAAUCGACACUGAUCCCCUCCGCAAUUCUGCCGUUAAAAAGUCCGAUUUCGAUAAUUCACCGAAGAAUUCCCCUGGUUCUGUCUCGUCCGAGGCAGAACCGAGUAUUCGACACAGCAACCAUAAAAAAUCGGAAGCGAUUUGGUCGGUAAUCUGGCCGACAACCAUACCGAUUUUCGGAAUUUCGAAUAGUAAUCGCACCGAAAGCGAGUCGAAGAAUAGCGGUGGUAGUGUUAUUAGGAAAAAAUCGUCGAGUGGUAGUAAGAAUUAUUAUGAGGGGUGGAGAGGUGCAGUGAGGAGAGUGAUGAUGAAUGGUGUAACAAUGAGGAGAAUUUGGGGGUUUAGUAGGGCAACCACUUCUUCUUCGAAGAGCAAUAUUUGGCUUUUGGGGGUUUGUUAUCAGGUUUCUCAAGAAGGAGAGGAAUCUUCUUCGGAUCCGACUCAGAGCGAGGGGUUCGCUGCAUUCGUCGAGGAUUUUUCUUCGCGGGUUUUGAUAACUUAUCGUAAAGGGUUUUCGCCCAUUGGAGAUUCAAAGUACAUUAGUGACGUAAAUUGGGGUUGUAUGCUUCGAAGCAGCCAGAUGCUCGUUGCUCAGGCGUUUCUUGUUCAUAAAUUAGGAAGAUCGUGGAGAAAAUCUCCCCACAAGCCACUUGACCAAACUUACGUAGAAAUACUGCAUCUAUUCGGAGAUGCUGAAGAUUCCCCUUGUUCGGUGCACAAUCUUCUCCAAGCGGGAAAGGCAUACGGGCUUGCUCCAGGCUCGUGGGUCGGCCCGUAUGCUAUGUGUCGUACAUGGGAAAGCUUGGUGCGUAAUAAAAAAGAGGAAAUUGGUAAUAAUGGGGUAUUGGCAUCAACGAUGGCGCUAUAUGUGGUUUCUGGUGAUGAAGAUGGUGAAAGAGGUGGGGCCCCCGUUGUGUGCAUUGAGGAUGUUUUGAGGCACUGUUCCGAGUUUGGUGGAGGCCAAGUUGAUUGGGCUCCUAUUUUACUGAUGGUUCCUCUGGUUUUAGGUCUUGAGAAAGUCAAUCCAAGGUAUCUUCCACUACUGAGUGCUACAUUCACGUUUCCGCAAAGCCUUGGUAUUUUGGGGGGUAGACCUGGUGCCUCUACAUACAUAGUCGGCGUGCAAGACGAAAAGGCCUUCUAUCUCGAUCCACAUGAAGUUCAGCAGGUAAUCGACAUUAAGAGGGAUAAUCUAGAUUUGGAUACUUCGUCUUACCAUUGCAAUGUCGUGAGGCAUAUUCCUCUGGAUUCCAUCGAUUCCUCCUUGGCCAUCGGAUUUUAUUGCAGGGACAAAAGUGAUUUUAAUGAUUUUUGUGCACGCGCAUCGGAAUUAAUCGAUCAAUCGAACGGGGCCCCACUAUUUACAAUAGCCGAGACACGCACUUCAGCAAAGCCAGCCGGUAACAAUAAUACCGAAAUUGAAGAUAAUAAUACUGCUGAUAAUGACCUGGCAACUGAGAAUUGUGCACAAGAAGACGACUGGCAACUUCUUUGAACACCGAACGAAUUUACAGCUGAAUAAGACAUUUUAUAUAUUAGAAAAAAAAGAACACAAAAAAAACUUGUAUAUAACUUUUCAAAGAUGUGAUUUGUGGUAUGUUUGUAGGGCCAACAACCACUUAGGUUACCUCUUUGAACUAUUAAAUUUGUGUGUUUAUUUUUAUUUUUAUUAAUUUCUCGACUUAUUUGUUGCUUCUAACAUACAAAGAUGAUGUUCUUUUAGGUUUCAUCUCUGAAAAAAUAUUUUAUUUUUAAUUGUUGAUGAAGG